AUGACAUCAACCGGCACUCUUAACCAAUACAUCCAAACAGUGGAGCGAAUGUACAGACUUUCAGAAGGAGAUGAGCUCGCUAGACUUAUAUCGCUCAGAGAUUCUCAUGUCACUAACAGAAACCUUCGAUCAAGCGAUAUUGCUAGUUUGGUUGAAGGAAACUGUGUGGCCCCCAUUGAUGAAAUAAUUAUAUGCCAUUUAUUAUGUGUAAAGGCUGUUAUUGAAAAAGACUACUUGGCAGCAUAUAGUCAUCAAAGUCAAUGUGUGGUGUCCGUUGUAAAAGUACUAAUGUCCCAAAAGGAUCAAAAUUGGUGUUUGCCGCUCAUGUACACAACAUGUUUGGAUUUACGACUUGUUGCCCAGAAAGCUGAAGCUACCCAACCACAAAGUAAUGGCAAGAUCUUAGAAAAGGCAGCGGAAAGCUUGUUAUCCUGUUUCAGAGUUUGUUGUGCAGAUAACAGAACAUCGGAUGAAGAUACAAAAAGACAUGGAAUGCUGUAUCUCGCAAAUCAGCUUCUUAAAGUAUAUUUUCGUAUUAACAAACUGCAUUUAUGCAAACCAUUGAUAAGAGCUAUAGAUUCUUCAUCCCUUUGGUAUCAAUUUCCACUCGCACAGCAGAUUACCUACAGAUAUUUUGUUGGUAGAAAAGCUAUGUUCGAUUCAGAGUAUCAAGCAGCAAAUGAAUAUCUAUCUUUUGCUUUUGAAAACUGCCAUAAGAAGAGCCAUAAGAAUAAAAGAUUAAUUUUAACAUAUCUGGUUCCAGUCAAAAUGUUACUAGGUUAUAUGCCCACAAAGCAGUUGCUUGAAAAAUAUAAUCUUCUUCAGUUCUGGGAUUUGGUAUCAGUUGUCAAAAAUGGAGAUUUGAGAGGAAUCGAUAGUGUUAUGGAGAAGCAUGAAAAGUUUUUCAUCAGCGCUGGGAUAUACUUGAUUGUUGAGAAAUUAAAAAUAACAGCAUAUAGAAAUCUGUUCAGGAAAGUUUUCCUAGUUGAGAACACUCACCAAAUAGACAUAGCUAGCUUUCAAGCUGCUUUGCAGGUGAUGGGUGAAAAAGAUGUAGAUUCUGAUGAGACGCAGUGUAUUGUAGCUAAUUUAAUAUACCAGGGUAAAAUAAAGGGGUACAUUUCAUAUCAACACAAGAAAGUUGUUGUGAGCAAGCAGACAGCAUUCCCGCCUUUAUCGUCUAUGUAA